AUACUGAGAUAGGGAGAGAUAGGAGGUGAAGGGGGCACGAGGCGGAGGACAGAGCUCUCCCUCGUCGUGGGUGACGGUGGUACAGAUGGGUGCGUCUCUCCCUGGCUCGAGCCGGCAGCACAAGCGGUCACCCUAAUGCAGCCUGACAUCCAGCUGCGAAUGACACUCGGCUAACACUGGCACCAUGCUCCCCCGAAACAUGCGAACAGGUGGCUGUGACCUUCCGGGCGUGGAGUCAAGCGAAGUGCCUCUCAUUGGCUACCGGCCCUUGUCACCUGACAGCAACACCAACCAGUACGGGAGGGGAAGCAGCAGGGAUGAGCUGGACACUUCACAGGCAGAGCCCUCCCCAAUGAAGACCACCUGGUACUGUCCUCUGGAUCUGUCCACUGUGGUGGAGGAAGAGGAGGAUGGAGUGAUCUACACAGUGGUGGUCAAACAGCAGCAUGGGGCACUCAAUAAUCCAUUGUCAUCAGUUACUCGCUCCCAGUGUCUGAAAGCAGGGACAGAGGAAAAGCUGGUGCUCCACCUCCUUCACUCCUUCUCUAUGGGAGAUUCCUCCUUCAUCACCAUCUUCCUCUCCACAUAUCGAUCCUUCACUUCCACGCGGAGAGUGCUGGACAUCCUCACAGACAGAUUGGAGACCCCGCCGGGGGACAACGAGAGGAGCCAGAUCAGACAAUCUUUCAACAAGGCGGUGUGCACAGUGUUCAGAAUGUGGCUCUCCGAGUACCCUGAAGACUUUAAGGGUCUGGGGGAGCCCUCUCGCCUGCUGCGUCUGGCUCCCCUCUUCCCUCAGGACUCCUCAUCUGCAGCUGACCUCCGUGCUCGGCUCCUCAGGAUAGCCGAGGAGCUCAGCGAGAAAGCCCUGCUCCCUGAUGCCCAGAAAAAUCCGACCGGCUUCACCAGCUCCACUCCUCCAAACGCCUCCAAGUUUGAACCCACCAGUGUCCUGGGCUUCCCCGCAGCGCUCAUCGCCGAGCAGCUCACCAAAAUAGAGACGGAGUUAUUUGUCCGUCUGGUCCCGUACCACUGCCUGGGCUCACUGUGGUCUCAGAGGGAUAAAAAAGGGAGAGAAGGGGUUUGUUGGUCUGUCCGGGCCACCAUACGUCAGUUCAACAAAUUGGCUAAUGCAGUUUUAGCUUCCUGCCUUUGUCCUACAAAGCUGCGCAGCCAACAGAGAGCCCGACUGCUGGAAAAAUGGAUCGGAGUGGCAGAGGAGUGCCGAGCCAGGAAGAACUUCUCCUCGCUGUACGCCGUCGUGUCGGCCCUGCAGAGUAACCCCAUCCACCGGCUCCGGAGGACGUGGCAGGAAACGGACAGGGAGGCAAUGAAGAGAUACGAGGAGCUGUCAGAGAUAUUCUCAGACAAGGACAACUAUGCACAAAGCAGAGAGCUCCUGAAGGAGGAGGGCACGUCAAAGUUCGCCAACAUCGAUACCAGACUCAACCACAGACACAUAAACCGGACUAACGCCCAGGGCACUGUGCCCUACCUGGGAAUCUUCCUCACAGACCUCACCAUGCUGGACACGGCGGUCAAAGACAGGCUGGAUAACGGCUACAUCAACUUUGACAAGAGGAGACGGGAGUUUGAGGUUUUAGCCCAAAUCCGGCUCCUGCAGUCUUCCUGCAAAAACUGUGUUUUCACCGCUGACGAGGCCUUCACACAAUGGUAUCAGAGCGUCCCCACGCUAACAGAGGAGGAGAGCUAUAGACUGUCCAGUGAAAUAGAAGCGCCUAGCGAGCCGAGCCCCCGUUGCCUUAUGCCGACAGUCAUCAUCACACAGUGCCCAGACCUCAGUACCUCCCGGACCAGCCUGCCAGGUGACAGCGACAGCCUCUUUGACUUCCCCUCCCCGGUAAACAACCUGCUGUCAAAACUCACAAAGCACAUGAGAUCUCCGUCUGUGUCCUGUCUGGAUGUCGACACGUCUCCCCCGACUAACGACUCCACCCCUGCCACGCUGACUCCAUCCAGUCCCACAAAAUCACACCGCCGAUCAGCCUCCUGCGGUAACAACCCCCCUAAUAACGUCCAAGGAUCGGGGCCCGACAUGCGAAUCAUCAGGAUACGGAUGGACCUGCACGAUGGAAACCUGUACCGAAGCAUUCUGGUUACGAGCAAUGACAAGACCCCCACUGUGAUCAGCUCUGCAUUAGAAAAGCACAAUCAGGACCCCAAACAGGCACCCAAAUACGAGCUGAUCCAACUUCAGCCUGAAGGAAAAGAGCUAGUCAUCCCUGCAACAGGAAACGUCUUCUACGCCAUGACGUCAUCCAGCGUCGACUUCCUGUUGAGAAAGAAAGGCGGAAACACUCCUCUGGGCUCACAGCCAAUCAACACGGAGACGAGCGCCACUUUUCCUCGAAUCAAGGCCAAGGGGAGGAGACUGGUCCGGACUUUAUUUUGACACCAGACUUUCCUCGACUGAACUUUGUCCGCAGUUUUUUUUCAUGGAGUUCUGACAUGAAUGCAGGGCGAGCUCUUACUAACAGCAAUCGUGGCCUUCCCUGUGCAAAAAACAAAAAAACAAUCUGCAUAUGCCUUUCUUCCACGCUCCUGCAAAGCUUCCUCCAAGACUCCAUGGCAAGUUUUGUCCAACCCUUAAGACCUCCAGCUGUCCUGCUGUGUUCACCAGAGGAAUCUGCUGCUGAAGAGCGGUGACACUUUUCCUCUUUUAGGAAAAAAUAUGCAUGACUGAUUUACACCAAGAGGAGGAGCAACGGGAAAACCUGUAACAGACGACUUUUGGUGCUGGCUCUUCAUUUUCAUUCAGGUUGCACUUGAAGCAUUUAUUUCAUUCCAACUCAAUGAAUAAGAUCUCCUUUAAUUCCUUGUCUUUACAAGGACAUUCCUUGUUGUUGCGUGCCUGAGUUGUAAGUGACGCUUCCAAAUGUUAAGAAAUAGAAAUCUGUGGUCACCCAGGACACAGUGGAAAGCUGAAGAACAGUGUUUUUGUAAAGAGAGAAGUAUAUUUCAAUCUGAAUAUACAAAUCUGUCAGAUCUAGUUACGGUAAAAAAAGCAAACUAGCACACAAGAGAGAGACUUAAAGACGCAGUGCGAGUGCAUUAUUGUAGCAAAACACUGGAGCUUGUCAAAAGAGACUUUUUGUAUAUAUUAAUAUAUAUUUGUACAUGUGAA